AUUCAUGUGAAAAAUCACAACUUUCAUUGACCUUUCUUUAUCAUCAUCACUCUCCUUCAUAAAAUAUUAUUUAACAGAUCUCAUCUCAGAUUCCUUUUCUAGAUCUCUUCAUUAAUCAUUCUUCUGUGUUUUUUUCUUCCAUCAAGUUCCAUGUUUUGGUAUGCAACCAAGUACCUUUGCAGUCCAAAUUUUCAGUGUUGAGAACCACUCUUACUCUUAGUACAUUGUUAUAUUUCCACAAAAAAUCUCCAAAAGGGUAGUUUAAAGUUAGUUUCUUUUUGUUGUUGAACAUGGAGGAGUGUAAGAGAGAGAAAGAUGAAGUGUUGAAACAAGUUCUCGGAACAGUGAAGUCACGCAAAGACAGAAAUUCAGCUUCUUUAGUUUGCAAACAGUGGUACAACGCUGAAAGAUUGUCAAGGAGGAAUGUUUUCAUAGGUAACUGUUAUUCUGUGACUCCUGAGAUCCUGACACGUAGGUUUCCAAACAUAAGAAGUAUUACACUCAAAGGGAAGCCACGUUUCUCUGACUUCAACUUGGUUCCUGAAAAUUGGGGUGCUGAUAUUCAUUCAUGGUUGGUUGUUUUUGCUGAAAAGUACCCAUUCCUUGAGGAGUUGAGGCUUAAGAGAAUGGUUGUUACUGAUGAGAGUUUAGAGUUUUUGGCUUUUUCUUUUCAUAAUUUCAAAGCACUUUCUCUACUGAGCUGUGAAGGAUUUAGCACUGAUGGCUUGGCUGCAGUUGCCGCUAAUUGCAAGAAUUUAACCGAGCUUGACAUACAAGAGAAUGACAUCGAUGACAAAAGUGGUGAUUGGUUGAGUUGCUUCCCAGAAAGCUUUACAUCAUUGGAAGUAUUGAACUUUGCUAACCUAAACAAUGAUGUAAAUAUCGAUGCGCUUGAGAAACUUGUCGGUAGGUGCAAAUCAUUGAAGACUUUGAAGGUUAACAAAAGCGUAACGCUUGAACAGUUUCAAAGACUUCUUGUUCUUGCCCCUCAGUUAUGUGAGCUUGGCAGUGGCUCAUUUUCACAAGAUCUGACAUGUCAGCAGUAUUUAGAGCUCGAAAGCGCGUUCAAAAAUUGUAAGAGUCUUCACACCCUUUCUGGUUUAUGGGUGGCUUCAGCAUCAGCACAGUAUAUCCAACUCCAAGUUCUAUACUCUGCAUGCACAAAUCUGACUUUCUUGAAUUUUAGUUAUGCUCUUGUUGACAGUGAAGAUCUUACUGAUCUUCUUGUUCAUUGUCCUAAUCUUCGACGCCUUUGGGUUGUAGACACAGUUGAAGACAAGGGACUGGAAGCUGUUGGAUCAUAUUGUCCAUUGCUCGAGGAGCUACGUGUUUUUCCUGCAGAUCCCUUUGACGAGGGCGUUGUGCACGGGGUUACUGAAUCAGGUUUUAUUGCUGUCUCUGAAGGAUGCCGGAAGCUUCACUACAUCCUCUACUUUUGCCAUCAGAUGACAAAUGAUGCUGUUGCUACUGUUGUGCAAAACUGUCCUGACUUCACUCAUUUCCGGCUCUGCAUCAUGACCCCUAAUCAGCCAGAUUACCUGACGAAUGAACCUAUGGAUGAGGCCUUUGGAGCAGUUGUUAAGACCUGCACUAAACUCCAAAGGCUUUCUGUAUCAGGUUAUCUAACUGACCUCGCAUUUGAGUAUAUAGGUAAGUAUGCCAAAAACUUGGAAACACUUUCGGUGGCUUUUGCCGGAAGCAGUGACUUGGGGAUGCAGUGUGUACUUGCUGGCUGUCCGAAGCUGAAAAAACUUGAGAUAAGGGACUGUCCAUUCGGCGAUGCAGCGCUUUUGUCUGGUUUGGAGAAGUACGAGUCAAUGAGGUCACUUUGGAUGUCGGACUGCCAAGUAACUAUGAAUGGAUGUAGAUUGUUAGCAAAAGAAAAGCCGAGGUUGAAUGUUGAAGUAAUUAAGGAAGAAGGAAGCGGUGAUAGUCAGGCUGAAAAAGUUUAUGUUUAUCGUUCUGUUGCCGGCCCAAGAAGGGAUGCCCCUCUAUUUGUUCUCACUCUCUGAAAUGUCAACUCUAGUCCUACACUUUAAAGCUCAAGAGCCUUGGAAUGUGACCGUAUAUGGCAAAGUUGGCAUACUGACAAUGAAGCCUCAAUAAUAUGGAAGGUGGAAGGAAGAAAAAUAGGGGAUUCUGCAAGAUCAAAAUUUCCAUCAUGUAGCCAUUGAUUGUUGUUGUGUUGGUGUAUCAAUAAAGAAAUCUUUUGACAUCAAAUAAUUGCAAUGAACUUGCCUUCUUUCAACUAGUUGGGUCCACCAAGAGAAAUAAUGCAAGUGUCCAUUGUAAAUGGCACGCUCAAGACAUUAUGUUGUUGUAUUGAAAUAUUUAUCCUGGAAGAGACAAACAUUGUUCCCUUUUGAUAGAUAGAUGUGGAAAUCAUUGAAAUAAAUGAGUUUAAAAGAAUAAAAAAUUAAUUGAAUCA